UUCUAUAAAAUUUUAAUCUUUUUGUAAGUGUCUUUUAUAUGAGUUUUUUUCAUAAACUUGUUUAAUAGCAACAUGUUUUGCGCUAUGGAUGCCGGGUGUAGUUUUUGGAAAUUAAAAAAAAAAUUAAAUUCGAGAUGAAUUUGGCUGUUCAUGUUUUGCUCCUGUCAUUUUUGUUGUACACUGUACACUCAUUUCCAGCUUAUCCUCCUUAUCCAAUCUAUCCUCGUUCUUCUCUAAACAGUAGCAAUGCUUCCUCGGUACCAAUUCCACAGCCAAGCUACAAUUCCUCUUCAAAAGCUAUGAAUCCUGACCUGGUUACGUCUCUUCCCGAGUACAGUGGUUCUCUUCCAGAGCUAUAUUCAGGAUACCUCAGCGCUGAAAAUUUUAAGCAGAUUUUCUACACCUUUGCUCCUGCCAUCACUCCCACUGAUAAAUUUAUUGUUUGGCUCCAAGGUGGACCUGGUUGUGCCGGAACCUUAGGAUUUUUCAGCGAAAAUGGACCCAUCAUUCUUGAUCCUAAUCAUCAAACUCCCCAAGAUAACCCGAAUUCAUGGACAAGAUUUGCCAAUAUGAUGUGGAUCGAUCAGCCAUUUGGAACUGGUUAUUCACAAGGUUCACCCCUCGCUUCCACAGUGUCCAUAGCUACUAGCGACUUCAUUCAAACAUUGAAGUCAUUCUAUGCCAAGUUUCCUGAAAUGAAGGAGAAAGAAUUAUACCUCGUGGGUGAAAGCUAUGGAAGUGUUUGGGGUGCUUACUUUGCGCAAGCUCUUCGUUCCGACCCAGAAUUACAUGCUAUUCCCUUUGGAGGUCUUGGUAUCAUUAGUGGUUUGCUUUCUGAUUAUGAAACCCAAAAUACCAUUACCGCUUCUAUGUGGUUGGACCAUGUAAAUAAAAUGGGCCUGUAUUAUACAAACGAAUCGGCUGAAGUUUCAACGUUUUUUGCAGCAAAAAAUCAACAAUGUGGCUAUGCCGAAGUUUUGGAAAGAAUGCAAUUUCCUGCUGAGCAAACCCCAAUUCCCAAACCUCGUGUCAAUUUAACCAAUUCUUUUUCCAAGAAAAAACGCCAAGCUGAUUCUGAUUCCGAUUCCGGAAAUAUCAAAGAAGCGUUCCAGAUGAUUACAGACUGUGACACAUAUACACUUACUGACUUUUUAUUAUAUUUGAAAAAUCACUGCAUGAUUACUUAUGACAUAACAUUGGACUGUAGUUUUAACAGCAACAACGAUCCCCUUACAACUUACUUAAACAGAAAGGAUGUUCAAAAGCAGUUACAUGCCAUACAUGUUGAAUCCGCUCUGACAUCUUCAAAGGGGAUUUUUGGAAACGGCUGCAACUACGAUGUUUAUGGAGAUAUUGUUAAAAACGGUGCUCCUUCCAUAUUAGAAGAGGCUAUUCCUGAAUUGGUUCAAAAUUACAAGGUCUCGUUUUUGGCUGGUGCUCUAGACUUUCAACUUCUUUGGACUGGUUCAUUGUUGGCGUUACAAAAUACAACUUGGAACGGAUGGCAAGGAUUUCAGGAAAUUCCAGACUUGAAUUCACCUUUUGGUUUUACAUUAGAUGAGCGAAAUCUUGCGUUUACACUGUCAAACAAGGUGGGUCACAUGGCUCCAAGCAAAGAUCCGUCUAUGGUCAUUGACUGGCUCCAAAAAACUUUACUUGGUUAA